AUGUUCCAUCAGGGAUUUGAGGGCAUCAGCCUUGGCACAACACUCAUCCCCUGCCAGUUCUCCAAGCUCAAAACAAUCAUCAUGGGGCUCCUCUUUGCCCUCACAACACCCAUCGGUGUCGUCAUUGGCCUCGCAAUCUAUUCCUCCUACAACCCUGCUAGCAAGGCUGCUCUGGCUACAGAGGGUGCUUUCAAUGCCAUCUCUGCCGGUAUCCUCAUUUAUAACGGCCUUGUUGACCUCAUAGUGCCUGCGUUCGAUGAGAGUGAUGAGGGUACACCCAAGUCUCCGGUGCUGUACUUCCUCGGGUUUGUGUCGCUCUUCUUGGGUGCAUUCUCCAUGUGCUUGCUUGCGCUCUGGGCGUGA